CCACUCACCGCAUUUACCAAUUGUCUCAUGAUGUUUGGUUAGAGGUCACUCCUUUAUAUGCAAAUGCUCCAAUUUACGAUACAUGAGAAUUGCUUGUUCCUGGGCUUUCACAACUUUCAUUAUUCUGAUACCCGUCUAGAGAAUUGACUGCGAAGUGGCUUGAUCAUUGAUGUCAUUGCCGUACCUGGUUGAUGCCCACCCGUGAGCGAUUACCACGACAUACAGCAGCGACAGUCCAUCGUAUGGCUUGAAUAAAGAAAUUCGAAAAGACAUAAGACAGUAUAGAUAAAUAAAUCUCACCACGGCCAACUCUCAAUUGGUCAAAAUGGGUCACAACGAAGAUCCCCCGACCUCGGUUCAACACGACAUGCCGCCUCGAUCGACGUUUGAGGUUGCACAGCAGGCGGUUGAAUUUACCAAACAGUCUGAGAAACUCUCACACCAACGGUUGGAGGACGACUCUGCAGCAAUAGCUGUGCAGGCCGAUUUUGUCACACCACAGGAUCCCGUCAUUGUCACAUUGGACGGCAACCGGUUGCCAGGCGUGCCAUUAGAUGAAGCACACAAGCUCAACGUGCUGCGCGAAGACCUACAAGGACAGACGACGGAAGUAGAGAUUAAGAAGGGAAGCAAGAUUCAAGAAAAGAUCUCGAAUCCGGCCGCGCAUCAUCACAAUGGAGAGGAAGAGCGGAAGAUCAUACAACUACCCGAACCUGAAAAAGAUGAGGGAAAUGGACAGUCUUGGCAGCAGGACUCACAAGGAACCUUGAGGCAUACUAUGCCUCCAUCACAUACGAACCCAUUGUUCCCACCUCUACCACUAUACGGACCGCCGUCUUUGCUACGCAAUAUCCAAUGCUGGUUUUUCAGGUCGACGUCGUUUGUGCUGAGCAUGGAGUUUCUUGGUGUGAUUGUACUUGGCUCGCUGUUUACAAGCAUUCCGAAAUGGUGCAAGGCACUAUUUCUGCCGAAUGAGGAGAAAAAGCGGCCGUUUUAUGAGCAGGAGCAGCAGAACGCUGCAAUUAGAGAAGAGAAGGAAAAGGAUUGGGACCCGUCGGGAGCUCAGAGACGUUUGGAUGUUGACGAAACCAUAGUGGAUGAAUACCCGCCAACUGAGGGCGGUAAGGACCCCAUUAUCUGUGAUGUUGGCUAUUACGCCCGCAGGGUUGGCCUUGACGUGGAGACUUUCAAGGUCGAGACUGAAGAUGGCUUCAUCAUCGAGCUUUGGCACGUCUAUGACCCUAAAGAGCAUACACCCCUAGACGAGACAAGCAGAGAGAAACUUGGGCCAACCGUCUUUCAGGAGCCAACCCAGCAGCCAGGGAAUCUGGGCAAGAAGCGAAAGUUCCCCGUGUUGCUGAUGCAUGGCUUGCUGCAGAGUUCGGGAGCGUAUUGCUGCAACGAUGAGCAGAGCCUGGCAUUUUGGUUAUGCAAAUCAGGAUACGAUGUUUGGCUGGGCAACAACCGUUGCGGCUUCAAGCCCCAGCACGUACUACUCGAUUACGGCGACCCGCGCAUGUGGUGCUGGAAUAUUCGGCAGAUGGGUGUCUUUGACCUGCCGGCGCUCAUAUCGCGCGUCUUGCACGAGACGGGAUUCGAGAAAAUCAGCCUCAUCUGUCACUCACAGGGAACGACUCAGACGCUGGUGGCCUUAGCAAAAGAGCAACGACCUGACCUGGGCGAGAAACUGACCGUCUUCUGCGCUCUGGCCCCUGCGGCAUAUGCUGGGCCGCUCAUUGGCAAGAUGUACUUCAAGUUCAUGCGCAUCAUCUCGCCCGGCAUGUUCAGGCUCAUGUUUGGGAUCCACGCCUUCAUCCCCUUGAUGAUGCAGAUGCACGCGCUGCUGGAUCCCCGGCUGUACGGAUGGCUGGGCUACAAGGUCUUUUCGUUCCUCUUUGACUGGACCGACGAGAGAUGGGACCGAGGCCUGCGCAACCGCAUGUUUCAGUUUGCGCCCGUGUAUGUAAGUGCCGAGUCGAUGAGGUGGUGGCUCGGUCGUGAGUGUUUUGCCCACCACAAGUGUAUCCUGGCGACGAGGGAUGUCUUGAGAGAAGAAGAAAGCACGGAUGAAAGCGGCAGCAACGAAGACGACUCAGAAACCAGUGACGAAAACCUCCAAACUGGAGAACAGAUUCACAAGUCUAAUCAUCGGCACCACAUCAAGGGCUCCACGGCAUGGUACAAUCACCAAGUGCCCCCAUUUGCGCUGUGGGUUUGCGGCGACGAUCAUCUUGUAGACGGGAAGAGGCUUCUCAAGCGCUUCGAAGCAGGGCGCGAGCCGCAUGUUAAAGUAGUGCACAGCAAAGUGAUUCCCGAGUACCAGCACCUGGAUGUGAUCUGGGCCAUGGAUGCGCCAGACCAGGUAUUUCGAGAAAUCCGCGAGGUGCUGUGGAAGACGUGCGACGUCCGGGACUCUUGCAGAAUCCCGGAAGGAUGCGAUACGGUGCCCAAGUGGGAACCAGCCGAGGUUGUGGCGAUGGAGGCGAGCGAAUAGGGGACUAUGGAUAUAUACGGUACGGAGUAGUUUUAUUUUGUUUUCCUUUCCUAGGCCUAUUUCUUGUUUGCUUGGAUCCGAAUGCGACCUAAAAGCUCGGAGUCUAGGGUGGCACCUGUAACGAUAGAUGUGGAGUUGUAGAUGGAGUCGGCUCAAAUACAUGAGCAUCUUUUUGCCAUUGUCGGCAGAUUGAUUGCCAGGAAAUGCAACAGAAUUGAAGCUCCAUAAAAGUCGGAUGAAUUACCGAUUUCCCAGAAACUUGUGAUUAUUAAUCUUUCUCACACUGCUGCCAUCUGAC